AUGGCUCUCGGUAGUGAAGUGAAUGAUAACCCGACAAAAACUACUUCCCAUAAAGUGAAAAAAUGUCCAACAAACAAUACGGUGACAGUCAAGAGUAACAGCAGCAAUGUUAACAAUGCUGAAAAACAAGAUAAACAAUCGGCAAAAAUGAAGAAUAAUAACAGGGAACUAUGUGUUAAGCCGGUGGCAUGUAGUAAUGGGCUCUCGAGUACACCAAACGGGCGAGCAGAUGAUGAGGGCGGUGGCGGUAUUGCGGCCGCACCACGCGUAUCGUACGCUGCGGCAGCGCGCAAACCAUCCUCGCCACAGAUCAACAGCAAUCCCUCACCCUUCCCCCCUAAUACAGAAUGCCUGAAACCCAAAACUAACGGUGAAAAGGUGUCUCAAGCGAAAUCCGGAUUAUGCACAAUAAAAAUCAAUGGCGAAGGAUCAAUAUUGAAAGAUAAAAUAGCUACCAAAGAACCAAUAGUAAACGGCUCGGAAAAUCUUUCUGAAACCAUCGUUAACGGGGACCCGAAAAAAGAAUUAGAUUGUGAUAUUAGUAGUAGUGAUAAUGCUAACAUAGUUUCUAAUGGAAUAAACAGUGACUCUGAUGAUCCUAAAUCAAAUAAGUCAGAUGAUACACCUGAAGUUCCACUAACUUAUCCUAAUAAGACUGCUGAGGGUAAGCAAACGAUAGAAAAAAAGAAGGAUAAGAAAACAAAAAUGACUAACAAAAGAAACGAUUCAGAAAAGAAAAAUGAAUCUGCUAAAGACAAGAACACAGAAGAAAAGAAACUUGAAGAAAAUGUAAAUAAUAUUGACAAUACAGACAAAGUCAAAGGUGACAAUAACACAGUCGUAAAUGGUGAUGGGGAUAGGGAAUCUUCUCUUAGCGAAGAUGGCGAUGAAAAAAAGAGGGAUGCUGAAGUUGUGUUUAUCCAGGAUAUGGGUUUCACCGUUAAGAUUGUGAGCCCAGGAGCUGAGCCUUUAGACAUUCAGGUGUCUAGUAUGGAGUUAGUACAAGAAAUUCACCAAGUGCUAAUGGACCGCGAAGACACGUGUCAUAGGACAUGUUUCUCGCUACAGCUGGAUGGGAUCACAUUAGACAAUUUUGCGGAACUUAAAAACAUCGAAGGACUCAAAGAGGGAUCAAUUAUAAAGGUUGUGGAAGAACCAUACACAAUGCGCGAGGCUCGUAUCCAUGUUCGUCAUGUGCGCGAUCUUCUUAAGUCCAUUGAUUACACAGAUGCCUACGCUGGUCAAGAAUGUAGUUCUCUAGCCUUUCUCAAUGUGAUCACACAAGGAGAUAUUUUAGAGAAGAAGAAAUCCCGUCCUGAAAGCGUUGAUUGUACUCCACCUGAUCACAUUAUGCCUGGAAGCGUGGAAAGGCCAUUGUUGCCGCUUCAUCCUGGUCUCGCUAAAGAAAACAAGGCUCCCCAAUGUCUUAAGGUACUAACCACGUCGGGCUGGAACCCGCCACCGGGGCCCCGCAAGAUGUGUGGUGAUCUUCUCUACCUGCAUGUCGUUACACUCGAGGACCGUCAUUUUCACAUCACGGCUUGCCCCAGAGGAUUCUACCUUAACCAGUCUACAGAAGAAGUAUUUAAUCCUCGGCCAGCCACCCCGUCCUUAUUGUGCCACUCGUUGAUCGAGUUGUUAAGCAUAGUGUCUCCAGCGUUUAAACGGACCUUCGCCAUGGUUCAGAAGAAACGCAUGCAGAAACACCCAUUCGAGAGGGUAGCGACCCCCUAUCAAGUGUACCAAUGGGCUUCGCCAGUGCUUGAUCAUACAGUUGAUGCUAUUAGAGCUGAAGAUACUUUCUCCUCGAAAUUGGGUUAUGAGGAGCAUAUUCCUGGUCAAACUCGCGACUGGAAUGAAGAGCUGCAAACCACUCGCGAGCUCCCUCGUGCAACAUUACCGGAACGACUGCUUCGUGAGCGAGCUAUCUUCAAGGUUCACAGUGACUUCGUAGCUGCAGCUACUCGGGGAGCGAUGGCUGUUGUCGACGGCAAUGUGAUGGCGAUCAACCCUGGAGAGGAGCCCAAGAUGCAAAUGUUUAUUUGGAACAAUAUUUUCUUCUCUCUAGGUUUUGAUGUUCGCGAUCAUUACAAAGACUUGGGAGGAGAUGCUGCAGCUUUUGUUGCGCCCCGUAACGAUCUCCAAGGCGUUCGGGUGUACAGCGCAGUAGACACGGCUGGGCUACACACACUCGGCACUGUAGUAGUAGACUACCGGGGUUACCGAGUCACAGCCCAGUCCAUUAUACCAGGUAUAUUGGAGAAAGAGCAGGAACAAAGCGUUGUUUACGGAAGCAUUGAUUUCGGAACUACGGUCCUGUCGCAUCCCAAGUACAUGGAGUUGUUAAACAAAGCUGGCCAGCAGUUAAAAAUAAUGCCGCACUCGGUGACAAGUGCCAACGGCGAGACUGUUGAGCUGUGCUCUAGUGUUGAAUGUAAAGGCAUCAUUGGCAAUGAUGGCCGACACUAUAUACUAGACCUGCUUAGGACCUUCCCACCGGAUGUUAAUUUCCUACAAUUGGACGACGAUGAAUUAAGAGAAGACAUAAAGUCAAUGGGUUUCCCUAUUAUCCAUAAGCACAAACUCUGUUGUCUAAGACAAGAAUUAGUUGAUAGUUUUGUUGAGGCACGAUACUUUAUGUUCAUUCGCUAUGCCGCUUUCCAUUUACAACAAUUGAGUGCUAAACGCCAACGCGAUACAAACGAACAAAAAUCUAUUGAAGCGAAUAAAGAACCAGACGCAAAAGAGUCUACAAAAGAGGCUACUAGUAAAGAUGCAAACCGUGACACUAAGAGCCAAGAGAAAGAACUUAAAGGCAAAAAAGAAAAGAAAGAAGGGACAAAUAGUGCCAAAAAAGAAGAGAAGACAGAUGCUGAGACAGAAGAGAAGAAUGAUAAAGGCAAAGAUGACGAAUUGCUAUUGAAUGAAAACUAUUCUGAAAUAGAUACUGAUGUAGCUAAAAAGAUUGUCGAAAGUAUAACAGACUCUAUCUGCAGUGGAGAUAAGCAAGAGAGCGAUUCUGGCGAACGAUCACGUGCCGUGGUCGCGGCGGCAGCACGGGCCGUAGCUUCACUCAAAGAGUCAGAAUUCGACGUGCGUUUCAACCCCGACGUAUACUCGGCCGGCAUCAAGCAUGCUGCCACUCCCGAGCAACUCUCAAAGCAAAGACAUUUAGUCAAGGAGGCGGCAGCAUUUUUGCUUACAACUCAAAUACCGGCUUUCGUUCGAGAGUGUCUGGAACACACGUCAGCGCCAAUGGACGGAGCAGGGCUAACGGAGGCCCUUCACGCGCGGGGUAUCAAUGUGCGGUACUUGGGCAGGGUAGCGGCUGCGCUGAAACCUCACCCUAACCUCUCGUACCUGCACGCCAUAGCUGUUGGAGAACUUGUACUAAGAGCUGCUAAACACAUCUACACAGCAUACCUGCAGGGUUGUGAAGCAAUGUGCAUUGGUGCUGCAGUUGCUCAUUUCCUCAACUGCCUUAUUGGAGGAUGUGCGACCCCAGCCUUAAGCGCACCCGACGGGCCAGUGGCUGCCAGGGGCGCCACGCGCGGUGGCCGGGGCCGCAGGUCGCGCAAGCACGGCUACACACCCACGCCCCCUAGCCCGAACCCCGACUGGCAGAACUUGACGCCGAAAUCGCUUUUCACCCAGAUAAAACAGGAACUGAAGGCCUACUGGGGUUACGACCUCAACGCAGAUAAUAUGGAUUCAGUAAUCGAGAAACAUGGUUUACAAAAGAUAUCCCUCCUCAGGUCAUUCGCUCUUAAAGUCGGCCUUCAACUAAUGUUGCGUGAAUACGAUCUCGAUAACAAGAAUAAGGCACCGUUCACGGCUUCGGACAUUAUGAACAUUUUCCCUGUCGUCAAACAUAUCAACCCACGAGCCUCAGAUGCUUAUAACUUCUACACAACUGGGCAAAACAAGAUCCAGGCGGGUGCGGUCUCUGAAGGUCAUGAACUAAUCGCGGAGGCUCUUAAUCUUCUCAACAAUGUAUACGGCGCUAUGCACGGAGAAAUAGCUCAAUGUUUGCGUAUGGUCGCUAGAUUAUGUUAUGUCACAGGGGAACAUAGGGACGCCAUGGCGUAUCAACAGAAGGCUGUGCUCAUGUCAGAACGAGUUAAUGGCAUUGAUCACCCGUACACUAUUACUGAAUAUUCUCAUCUGGCGCUGUAUUGUUUCGCUAACGGUCAAGUGAGCACUGCACUGAAGCUGUUGUAUCGUGCACGUUACUUAGCAUUGCUCGUGUGUGGUGAGAAUCAUCCGGAAAUGGCGUUGCUUGAUAGUAACAUCGCGCUGAUCCUGCACGCGGUGGGCGAGUACGAGCUGUCGCUGCGGUUCGCGGAGCGCGCGCUGAGCGUGACGAGCGCGUCGCACGGCGCGCGCUCGCUGAAAGCCGCCGUCGCGCGGCACCUGCUCGCGCGCACACUCUCCUGUCUCGGGGACUUCCGCGCCGCGCUGCAGCACGAGAAGGAGACCUACUCCAUCUACAAGCAGCUGUUGGGUGAGAAGCACGAGAAGACUCGCGAGUCGUCGGAGUGCCUGCGCCACCUGACGCAGCAGGCGGUGGUGCUGCAGAAGCGGCUGGCGGAGGCGUACGCGCGCGCGCCGCACGCCGCGCCCGCCGCGCCGCCGCUGCACAUCCAGCCGCCCGGCAUGGCCUCCGUCAUCGACAUGCUCAACCUCAUCAACGGCAUCCUCUUUGUGCAGAUCAGUCCUCAAGAUAUCGAGCAGUUCAAGGCUGAGAUCGAGAAGAGACAGUUAAAGGAUUUGUCCCUGCCUGAGGUGGGUGAGGACAAGCCUGGGCUGGAAGAGCCCAACAAGCCCGACGAUGCCAAGGGCGAGAGUUGA